AUGCCUCCCUUCGCUUGCAAGAGAUGUGGAGGAACAGAGGAUGAUGUACAUGUCUUCAUUACAUGUCCUUAUGCGGCCACUGUCUGGGACUUAGCCCCGAUCCGGUGGAGGCUUGAUAGCUCUACUUCUUCCCUCGUAGAGUUACUAACGCAGGCAGAAAGAAUGUUCUCUCUCCUCCGUGAAAGGAUGGAAGUGGUGCAAAAGGCAAUUAAGGAUGCUAAAGAAUGGCAAGAAGCUCAAUUGUCUCAAGCCAAACCACUCGCUAUUCCCCACCCUCCUUUACGCCACAAUAGCGCUGAUUACAGGUGUGAAGUCUCGGGCCCAACAUGCCAUGUGGAUGCAGCUUGGAGUCCAGUAUCGGAUUCAUGCGGCAUUGGUGGCAUCUUCAGCGGACCUAUUCACCCUUCUCUUCCCAUCAUCCGGUACAACCGGCGUUUUAUCUCAACAACUCUUAUGGCGGAAUGCCUAGCUAUUCGUUAUGCGGUCAUGACGGCUGCCUCGUCAAACAUACGUUCCCUCACUGUGUUCUCAGAUUCUCAAGUCAUUAUCAAGCUCCUGAAGACAAAGGAAUCUCGACCAUUACUCUUUGGGAUUUUGGAUGACAUCUAUCAUUUUAGUAAGGUGUCAGACCGGUUCACGCGCCGUCGUCAUGAAGCACUCGUCGAAGAUCUGAAAAGUAGAAAACUAGAUCUGACCGGUACUUCGAUCCUAAACGCCGACUCAUCUCUUCUCGGGUCGCACGGAAAGCCUCACCGUCUCUCCAACGAACGUCGGGGACCGUCACCGUCGAGCGAACCGCGUCUUCACGAGGGCUCGAGCUGGCUCAGAGAGACAAGCAUAUCGACUAGGGUUGACCGAAGAGGAGAAGAGCAAAGAGAAAAGAAGUAA